ACGCUAAUCAAAAGAAACUGUUCGGCUUUUUAUUUGUGCCUGUCAUUCUGCAACUCUUUUUCGCAACAAACAGCAGAAUUAACAAAUUCCAGUUUGAUUUAAGGUGUAUUAAAGUUUUUCCACAAUGAUGAACAACAGCUUUGCACAGCCAAUGUGGCAAAAUGGACCAGCACCCGGUCAGUUCUACAAUUUCAUCGGAGGAGGCUAUAACAAUGGAGCUCCAGCUCAGCUGCCGCGUGAAUUGACAACUUGCGGUCCUUAUGGCACCAAACACAGCACCGCUGCCAUCACUACAGGCUCUUCGGUACUGGGCAUCAAAUUCGACGGCGGCGUCUUGGUGGCCGCUGAUACACUCGUUUCCUACGGUUCCUUGGCUCGUUACCAGAACAUCGAUCGGGUUUUUAAGAUCAACGAUAAGAUUCUGAUUGGCGGCAGUGGAGAUUUUGCUGAUAUACAGUCGAUUAUGCGCAAUAUCGAACAGAAGAUGAUUGAGGAUCAGUGUUGCAACGAUGGCGUCAUCAUGAAGCCCAAAGCCAUGGCCACCUGGAUGACACGAGUGCUCUACAAUCGUCGGUCGCGCAUGAAUCCCUUGUACAUUGAUGUCGUCGUCGGUGGCAUCGAUGAGGGCGGUGCUCCGUACUUGGGCUCGGUGGAUUUGCGUGGCCGCGCCUAUGAUGACUAUGUGGUUGCCACUGGAUUUGCACGUCAUUUGGCCCUACCACUGGUCCGUGAACGCAAGCCCAAGGAUCGUGACUUUACCUUCGAGGAGGCCACUAAUUUGAUUCGUGAGGCCAUGAAGGUGUUGUACUAUCGUGAUACACGCAGCAUGCCCCGUUACACAGUGGGCAUUUGCACCGCCGCGAACUGCAGCAUAAAGGGUCCCUUCAAGGUUGAGGAGAACUGGACUUUUGCUGAAACCGUCAAGGGAUACUAAAAGGGCAUUUAUUCCCAACAAAAACGAUGUAAUUUAAGACACACAAUUUAUCAAAUAAAGCUGGAGGUUCUUUUGGAAAAUUAAA